AUGCCUCCAAAAGCCGGAAAGAAGGCAGCGCCUGCCCCGUUCCCCCAGUCCAAGGCUGGUGCAGGAUCGAAAAAGGCCCCAAAGAACCCUCUCAUCGAGAAGCGCACCCGUAACUUCGGCAUCGGUCAGGACAUCCAACCCCACCGCAACCUCUCGCGUAUGGUGAAGUGGCCCGAGUAUGUCCGCCUCCAACGCCAAAAGAAGAUCCUCAACCUGCGCCUGAAGGUCCCACCUGCGAUUGCCCAAUUCCAGAACGUUCUCGACCGCAACACCGCCGCCCAAGCUUUCAAGCUGUUCAACAAGUACCGCCCAGAGGCCAAGGCUGAGAAGAAGGAGCGUUUGUUGAAGGAGGCCACCGCCAUCAAGGAGGGUAAGAAGAAGGAGGAUGUGAGCAAGAAGCCAUACGCCGCCAAGUACGGUCUCAACCACGUCGUCGGCCUGGUCGAGAACAAGAAGGCUGCUCUCGUCCUCAUCCCCAACGAUGUCGACCCCAUUGAGUUGGUCAUCUUCCUCCCUGCGCUCUGCAAGAAGAUGGGUGUCCCAUACGCCAUCAUCAAGGGCAAGGCCAGACUCGGCACGGUCGUCCACAAGAAGACCGCUGCUGUUAUUGCUUUGACUGAGGUCCGAUCAGAGGAUAAGACUGAGUUGUCCAAGUUGGUUCAGGCCAUCAAGGAGGGUUACUCUGAGAAGUACGAGGAGGCCAAGAGACACUGGGGUGGUGGUAUCAUGGGUGCCAAGGCCAAUGCCCGCACUGAGAAGAAGCGCAAGGCUCUUGAUGCUGCCAUUAAGAUCUAG